AUGACUGAAUAUAAAAAUACCAACAAUAACUUAUCUGUUGGUGUUUCCUAUAAACCUCAUGUUAAUAAUAACCCAAUAAUUUCAAAACAGAACAACAACAAGAAAUUCAAUAAUAAAUCCAAAAAGUAUGAUCAUAGAAACGACAAUGAAAUAACUCAAUUAGAAUCACAGUUAAAGCAAGGUAAGAAAGUGAAUGGUAAUAGUCGCAAGAACCAAAUAUCAAUAAAUCAUUUACUAGAUUUCCAAUCAUACCGUGAUACUGAAGAAUAUGCAGAGUCACAGCAAAGACAAAAACAAAGAAGAAGAUCGAGUAGUCAUAAGAAAUACCAACAACCUUCAAAAAUUCAAUUAACCGGAAUGAAAUUUAUAAAUGUUAAUUUUAAAUUUGUAGUUGAUUCAAGAAAAAAUUAUAGAAUUCAAGAAUUAGAUCCAAAUGUUCCUAUCGAUAUUAAUAAUAUUAUUUCAAUAAUUGCUUCAAGGGGGUCAAGUUGUCCUAUUUGUUUAAGUGAUGACCCAAUAGCUCCUAGAAUGAUUGUUUCUUGUGGUCACAUCAUUUGUUUAAAAUGUGUUUUAAGUCUUUUGGAACAUGAAGUUCCGAAGGCUAAAAAGAAGGAAUCAUCAGCCAUAAUUGAAAAAUAUAGAGAAUGUCCACUUUGUUUUAGUAUUAUUCGUAAAAAUGAAUUAAAGCCUGUUAUAUUUGAAUAUGUUGAUGAAAGAUUUGAAAUUCCAAAAAUAAAAGAUGAUGUUGUUUUAACUUUAAUGUCACGAGAUCUGAAUAAGAUAUUAUCAUUACCCAAAUCAAUUGCCGUAAAGAACCAGGUUAAUGAUUUUCCAAAUGUUAAUCAAACUGAAUUAUCAGCGUAUCUGAGAAUUUUUAAGGGAGAUUUUGACUAUUUGAAACAAAUGUAUGAGAAUGAAAAAAUCGAAAUUUUGCAAAAUCACGAAGAAGAGAAAUUGAUCUAUAAUGAUGAUCAGGAAUUAGUACAAAAAGCUAUAGCACAUAUUGAUAAAGAAAUUGAAGAUUGGUCAAGUAACCUUUCCACUACAGCUACAGAAAAAAAUCAUAUUUCAGAAACUUCACCUCAUCAUCAUAAUACGUUUUUCUACUAUCAAACUGGUUUUAACGCAAAUUGCAUUUAUGUAUUGUCUCCAUUAGAUAUGAAAGUGUUAAAGAGCACAUAUAUAGAUUAUCAAAAUCUACCAUCGACUAUAAUUUCCAAAAUUGAAAAUAUAAGAUAUGAAGAACUAUCAUCAGAGACAUCAAUUAAUAAAUAUAAGUAUUUAAGUCAUUUACCAAUAGGUACACAAAUUGGAUUCUUGGAGUGUAAUUGGAAUCAUAAUGAAUUUAUCUCACAAGAAACUUGGAAUUUGUUUAAAGAGGACCUAUUAAAAAGAUCCAAAAACUCAAACAAAAAAUUUAAUAGAGAAGAAAGAAAUAAGAAAAAAGCAGAAAAUGAAGAAGAAUUGAAAACUUUACAAUUUUACUUGAAAGAAAAUGGUCAAUACGAAAAUACAGAAUAUGAUAGUCAAUUUGAUUAUCAAAACAAUCAAAGUUUUAAUUUUGGUUCAUUAUCAAUAACAGAUCAUAGAGAUAAUUUACCAACAUUAUCAGAUCAACAUUUAUCAACAACAGAAAGUGAAAAUGAUUAUCAAACAACUGUAUGGGGUACCAAAAUACCUAAGUCCAAAGAAUCCGCAACAAAGGAAUCAUCAUCUGCUAUUGAAGAUGAAUUUGAUGAUUGGGAUGCAGAAGAAAUGAUUAGAAAAGCAAGAGAAGAAAAUGAAGACCCAAAUAAUGAUACCAAUACCAAUAAAAAGAAGAAGAAGAAAAAAAGAUUAGUCUUAUUAUCUUCUUAA